AGAACUUUCACGAUGCGAUUGGCUGGGGUGUGAAGGGGGCGGGGCCGAAGCCCCUGCGAGGUUCCGUGCCCCUGGUCCAGCCGCUUGUUUGGCUGCUGCCGUCACCUCAUGGCGACUCGGGUUGAGGAGGCAGCGCGGGGAACAGGCGGCGGUACUGAGGAGGCUGUUGAGGGCGAACGGGACGAACGGCGACGCAAUCCCAGGCAGAAGUUUGAGAUUGGUACAAUGGAAGAAGCUGGAAUUUGUGGGUUAGGAGUGAAAGCAGACGUGUUGUGUAACUCUCAAGCAAAUGAUAUUCUUCAACAUGAAGACCCCAGUUGUGGUGGCACAACUAAGACACAUUCGCUGGAAGGAGAUGAAGGCAGUGACUUUAUAACAAAGAACAGGAAUUUAGUGAGCUCAGCAUUCUGUGCACAGGAAUCAAGAGAAGAAAUUCCUGGACGAGAAGCUCGACCAGGUCCUCCUGACGGCCAGCAAGAUUCAGAGUGCAGCAGAAACAAAGAGAAGACCUUAGGAAAAGAAGUUUUAUUGCUGAUGCAAGCACUAAACACCCUUUCAACCCCAGAGGAGAAGCUGGCAGCUCUUUGUAAGAAAUAUGCUGAUCUCCUGGAGGAGAGCAGAAAUGUUCAGAAACAAAUGAAGAUUCUGCAGAAGAAGCAAGCCCAGAUCGUGAAAGAGAAAGUUCACCUGCAGAGUGAACACAGCAAGGCCAUCUUGGCAAGAAGCAAACUGGAGUCUCUUUGCAGGGAACUUCAGCGUCACAAUAAGACCUUAAAGGAGGAAAAUAUGCAGCAGGCAAGAGAGGAAGAAGAGCGACGUAAAGAAGCAACAGCACAUUUCCAGAUUACUCUAAAUGAAAUACAAGCCCAGCUGGAACAACAUGACAUACAUAAUGCCAAACUCCGACAGGAGAACAUCGAACUGGGAGAGAAGCUGAAGAAGCUCAUUGAGCAGUAUGCAUUGAGGGAAGAGCACAUUGAUAAAGUAUUCAAACACAAGGAAUUGCAACAACAGCUUGUGGAUGCCAAACUUCAGCAAACGACACAGCUGAUAAAAGAAGCUGAUGAAAAACAUCAAAGAGAAAGAGAGUUUUUACUAAAAGAAGCAACAGAAUCCAGGCACAAAUAUGAACAAAUGAAACAGCAAGAAGUACAACUAAAACAGCAGCUUUCUCUUUAUAUGGAUAAAUUUGAAGAAUUCCAGACUACUAUGGCAAAAAGCAAUGAACUUUUUACAACCUUCAGGCAGGAAAUGGAAAAGAUGACAAAGAAAAUUAAAAAACUGGAAAAAGAGACAAUAAUAUGGCGCACCAAAUGGGAAAACAAUAAUAAAGCACUUCUCCAGAUGGCUGAAGAGAAAACUGUCCGUGAUAAAGAGUACAAGGCCUUUCAAAUAAAACUGGAACGGUUAGAGAAGCUGUGCAGGGCUCUUCAGACAGAGAGAAAUGAGCUCAACGAGAAGGUCGAAGUCCUGAAAGAACAGGUCUCUAUCAAAGCAGCAGAUGGGGACUUGGUGGCACCUGCGAUGCAGUCCUGUGCUGCCCUGGAUUCAUUCAAGGAGAUGAACACUUCAAGAAGAGCCCUGGGAAUGCACUUGGAGGCUAGGGCCAAAGCCAAGUCAGUGAGUGAGAGAAGAAGUGCUGCACAAAAGCCCUCAUCUUCAGGUUCUGCGCAAGGCAUUGAGUCAGUUGACUAGGGUGAAAUGUGAUCACUGUAUUGAGAGAUAUAUUUUGUGUAUAACUUCCUCUGUUAGUAGUAACUAUUGGUUUUGUGGUGAAAAUUUUCUUACUUUUUCUACCAUAUCUGUAUUUUCUUAGAACUACUGGACUUAUGUGGUACAGGAGGCUGCUUUGCAGUUUGAAAUAGUUUUAAUCUAUAAAUUUCCUUCACCUAUGUUGCAUAUCUGCCUCAUUUUCCCCCUUUGUUGGAGUGCAUGUCUUCAUUGCUUUGUCCUCUCUUUUUGCUCCUUGCACCUAAUUUUCCCAACUAAAAUAUCAUUCAAGACAGGGCCAUUAGAGGAACUAUGUUCUCAUGAUGGUUCCUUGAUGUGAAAACAAUUUAAACAUUUCGGCCCCUUAAUACAAAGGAAAAUACCAAGAUGAUUACCUUUGCUUAAUAGUCUAUUUAAAUAAAGGGGGAACAUGUCAGAAACAAGCUCAGCAUUUUUCAUUCAAAUUAGCUUUUCUUGAUUUACUUGACAAAUUGAGAUGAACAGACUUAAUGUUUGUGACUAAAAGUAGUCAUAUUGUGCUGAUUUGGGGACAGAAUAUACCACAUGUGAAAUUAAUUUGGACUACCUGAUGAUUAUUAUAGUAGAUGGUGGUGGUUUAUGUACAUGUUCUCCAUUUCCCACAAAAAGCUUAUUCUUUGAAAACUGUUCUUCCUUGUAGUGCUUUGGAGUUUAGAACAAGAAUAAAUUCAUAUCAACCUUAUUAGGCAAAAGCUUUUUUUCAGCCCCUACAACAAGCUCCAUCAGCAAAGCACACUUUGUUUCCAGAAAGAAAAUUUAAAUUACGAAUCAGCACUAACUAAAACAUUUAGUUUCCAAAGUAAAAAACACUGGAACCAGCAUUUUUUUUUUUUAUCUUGGGAAGACUUGGCAGAUUGUUUACAUAGUCAAAACGAUCUCUAACUUAUGCUUUCUGGUUCAUUUCUCUUUUCUUAGAUGUUGUCACUUAAAAUAAACCAGUAUUAAUGUUUCUAUGCUUUAAAUUGGGGAAUUUCAAAACUAAGCAAAACAUGUCUUAAGUUCUUUUUUUCUCAGUGUUGAAUGUGGCUCAGCCAUGCAAACUACUAGAAGGUCUUUAUUAUUUUGGUAUGAUUUGCAAUGAAAUGCUUUAUAAAGUAAUUUUUCAAAAGGUUCAAGUAAAACACACCACAUUCUAGUCAGCAAAACUUUUAGACCGACACUUGUUCAAUUGCUUACUGGACUGAAUAAACUCCAUUUCUCUUUGCUAAAAGUUUUAUCUGUAAACUCCUGUGGCAUUCAUGGUCUAAACUGGAUUCAAAGAAUUGAAAAUUGUCCAAAGGAUAGAAAACAGUCCCUGGAAUAGAGUAUCUUUUUUAAAACUAUACCCAUUGGUCAUGUUAAUCAAGGGAUCAAACAGUAGAAGAAAUUCAUAAAGUUGAUUGUAAUCUUAUUACUGUCAGAGUUUAUCAGAAACAAGAACAAUACCUUCCAAUAGCCUCAUAAAUAUUCUACCACCUUCAGCUACUAGAAAUACUGGAUCGUUUACCAUGAAGGUAUAUCAGAAAUAUAAUCUACUUUGAAAUUAUUACUAAUGAUCACAUUUCAUAAGUCUGGUGGAUACACAGCUCUUAACAUUUUAUUAAGCCAUGUGUGUAGCCCUGCCACAUUUUUUGUGGUGCUUGUCCUGUGUGGAAGACUAAAUCUUGAACCUGUUGCAUAUUUUCAAGGGCUUUAUAAAGCAAUGUGACUAACAGUCCUGGCCUGCUGCUUCUGGCUUACAUGCAUUUUUAGCUAGAUGUUUGGAGGACAGGGAUUCUGUCUGGUAUGCAUUCAGAAUCUUUCCUCCUCUCAUUACCCUGUGAAUAAAAACAAAUGGGACCUCAGAGAAGGAUACCCUCCCCUAAAGUGAUCACCUCACCAGCCCAGUGUUGUGGCUUUGUAGCACGCCCUGUAUCUACCAUAUUCUAGAACACUGUAAUGCUACUAGGCUGGCCCAGAAAAGGUUUAAAUGUUGAAUUCACUUACUGCAUUUGGUGCACUACCAUGCAAUCUUGAUGUAUAUUUCUAGUGGCAGUAGACCCCAAAAUGUAGCGAAAACUUGGGUCUUGGAUAUCAGGCCAUUUCAUCCUCAGACUUGUAGAAGUACAUUUCCUGGUCUUGAGACCAGUAUUUUUUAGUUAUGUAUGCAACUGCCUUUAUUACACACCUGGUUAUCACAAUUCAAUUCUCAGGUGUUGCAGAAAAAUCUACCUCUUUCAGACUGUAGAUGGAAAUAACUGUGAAAAAAUGAUGCAGAUAUCUUCUAGUUUGUGCUAAACACACUGCUUUAUUUUUACAGCCCACGUCUUUCAUGAGAAUAUGAAUUGUUAAGAGGCAGUCUUGUUUUGCUUUUCAAAUACAUUUUGUAGAGAUUUUUCACUAACGUGAAUCUGAUUUUAUCUACUCGAUUCUGUAUAGAUUAAGUAAAUAUGUAUGAUGAAUUUAA